UCCCAGGGAGUUGGGAACGCUCGAAGGAAGAGGAAAAAAAAAAUCCAACCGCUGAACUACACCAUGCGCCUCCCCUGUGUGGGACGCCGUUUCGACUCCAAAUAAUCGUCAUUAUGUCCACGUCUACCCAUAUCGGAGGCCGUGUGCUAUGUUUUUAUCGGGCUUACUCGCCUUUAUCGCUGUUGCUCGCCUGGAACGACGCCCAGCAACUACUCAGGUAAUGCAGCCAGGAUAAAGGCGUGGAAAACAGAUUCUCGCUUUCCACCAGAAGGUCCCAUCUGAGGAUUUUAGAUCAUGGCAUCACGUUGGGCUCAUUCUUGUGAUGAUAAUCUGGAACGACAACAAGCGAGAUUAUCGUUCUGUGAGAAUGACUCUGCCGAGUGGAGAGGCUUGGAGCCGAGAGAAGAGGAGUCGUUCUCAUGGCCGCGACCCAAAACGGUGCUUCUACGUCGCACUUCUCACGGAUUUGGCUUCACGCUGCGGCACUUCAUCGUCUACCCACCGGAGUCGUCCAUGCACUACUUCCUGGGGGAAGAUGUCGGGUGCAGAGGGAGACAGCGCAACAGGCUGGAGCCGAUGGACACUAUUUUCGUGAAGCAAGUCAAGGAGGGCGGUCCCGCACACGGAGCUGGUCUCUGUACAGGUGAUCGCAUUGUGAAGGUGAAUGGAGCAAGUAUCAUCGGGAAAGCUUACUGUGAGGUUAUAUCUUUGAUCCAAGACAGCGGCGACUUCCUGGAACUUUGUGUGAUGCCGAAGGACGAGGACAUAUUGCAGCUGGCCUACUCCCAGGAUGCCUACCUCCGCUGCCACGGCAGCUACAGUGGAAAUGCCCGUCACAUUCCUGAGCCGCCCUCCGUAUGCUACCCCAGAGUAGACUGUAAGCCUCCGGGCAUGGCCCAGGCGAUGGACUCGGCGGGUCCCGGCAUCAGGGGCUCGGUGGCGCCGCCGCCUUCCGACCACGGCUACCGCAAGGAGAUCACCGUGCCCCCGCCGUCCCUUCCUCCGAAAUCUUAUCCGAAAAGUCAGAUGGCGGUUUGCAUGCGCAACGACAGCGUGAGGACAAUGGUGGUUCCGCCCGAGCACCGUAUGGGUCCAGCGCGUCGAGUCGAUUACAUGGACCCGGCACUUUUGAGGGCGAGGCCUGCGUCAUUAGCCCAGUACCCGCACCCUCGAAAGGCGGACGUCUAUCCCGGCGGGCCAGGACAAGCCUCAUAUCGAGGCCAACCCAAUAUAGAUUGGCGAACUUACCAAACGUACAGGGAAUACAUUGACAACAAAGGAAUUCAUUCUCACGCCAGUCGGACCAUCCAGGAGAGGCUCGAUAGCCUGCGAGCUUCCAAUCAGAACACUUUUGAAACCUCCCAUCACGUUCCCCAGAUGGGCUGGGGCCCGAAGGAAAUACGCAGGAGGAGCAUUUCCCACGAACGCUCGUACCACGGACCUCCCCCCCACUUCCAAGUGGCCCCACGCAGCGCCUCCCAGGACCGCGUGAUCAGUUCCGAGAGGAUGAGCCGCGCUCGGAACUGGCCGCCGAGGAGCAUGUCUCAAGAUGGCAUACUGCAUAAUGUACGCUCACGCUCCACGGACUAUGUUGACCCAACAGAUGAGGGGAUAGGAUAUCGGAGGGGGGCAGAACCCGGUACGAGGCCCAGUAGACAGUCUAUGCCCAGACAGGCUGUGCUGUCCAGGCCUUCUGUUGGAUACAACAACGGCCAGAGGGGGCCGCACAAUCCCAUGUACAAUAAAAGAGCGGAUUCUCUCCAGACGCACUCCCCGCCCGUGUUUUCGGAAAGGUCCACGCAUUUUGGCACGAGAGCAAACGCUGAGCAGAAAUCCUUAGUCAAGGCGAACCACGCUUGCCGCCCCAACCACCAAGGCGCCAACAGGUCGAGAGCCGAAAGCGUGAAACCGGUUGAGGCCGAGAGGGACGGGGCCUCGCUUGGGAAAAGGUCCUCUUCGUGUUCCGCUCAAAAGCAGAUACCCCCUAGGUCUGCCAUCCUCAAUCCAAGCCACCAAGAGUCUCGCAGCCAGCCGGCCGGACGUAGCCUCUCUGAGUCCGGCGUGGUCCUGAGGCCAAAGCCGCCCGCCGGAAAGCACCCCAGCCCUCUGCGCCAGCACUCCUACAUUUUGGCCGUGAACGAUGACGACGGCGCGGAUUCCACAGCAGACGUGGCGGCGUGCUGGCUCCCCAACGACGCGCGGCGAGAGAUGCAUAUACGCCGCCUCGAGGAACGUCACACCUCCUGCUCCAGUAACCUCGACGAGUCGUUGGAUCUAAUUCCAUUCAUCGACGAGCCCGUCAGCCCCAGUGUCGACAGGGAUGCUGCCCCUAUUCCACCUUCCGCUGUCAUAUCCGUGCCACCGUCCGUGGCUACCGGUCCUUCAAGUCCCGACUCUCCGUGUCUUCCCAUUCGCCGACAGCUGUCACAUGACCAAGUCACUGUAUGCUCCGCACCAGAGUCCCUGAGAAGUGCUUUGCUGGAGUCGGAAUCUGCCAGCCAAACGGAGCGCUCGAAAUCCUACGAUGAAGGUCUGGACAAUUACCAAGAAGAGGGCAGAGGACGAUCUUCUAGUGGGCAUAUGCCGAGUCUCCGGGGCUUGAAAAAGGCUUUGGAUGCUCAUAAAUCUCCCGGGGACUCUGGAUCACGAAGAGAUUCCUCCGCAGAUAUCUUUUUGGAUUCUUCCAAGGAAGGCUUGCUCAACUUUCGCCAACUUUCUACUGAUAAAAAUAAGCGUGCUAGCGGAGGAAUGAAGUCGUGGAAGCAGAUGUAUGCAGUUCUACAAGGUCACACGCUGACACUGUUCAGGGACAGGAAAGACGCCCUCUCGCACGUCGCCACGCCGCCCGACGAGGAGCCGCUGCGAAUCAGCGUUAAGGCCUGCCUGAUUGACAUCUCCUACAGCGACACGCGCCGCAAGAACGUGCUGCGCCUGACCACCUCCGACAGCGAGUACUUGUUCCAGGCGGAAGGGAGGGAAGACAUGUUGACUUGGAUUAAAGUCAUUCAGGAAAACAGUAAUCCCGACGAAGAGAACGCCGCCGUAACAAGUCAGGAUUUGAUCAGUCGGAAGAUCAAAGAAUACAACAUGAUGAGCGCACCCAGCAGCAAGUCUGAGCCUUCGCCCAAAACCCCCCGUCAGUCCUUGAGCAUCAAACAAGCCUUUUUGGGAGGGAAGACGGACAGCAAGAGCCACAGCCCUCAUUCACCCAAAUCAGAAGAGCGCAGGGCACUGAAAGAUGAGGCCAGCCCACCCAGGGACAGAGGAGCGUGGAAAAUUGGCAUUCCGGGGAUCAUGCGAAAGCCCUUUGAAAAGAAGACGCCGGCCGGCGUCACGUUUGGAGUGCGCCUGGAUGACUGUCCGCCCGCGCUGAGCAAUCGGUUGGUUCCUCUGAUCGUGGAGGUGUGUUGUAACGUGGUGGAGGAGCGAGGCUUGGAGUACACGGGCAUCUACCGAGUUCCUGGGAACAACGCCGCCAUCUCCAACAUGCAGGAGGAGCUCAACACCAAAGGCAUCGCCGACAUCGACGUGCAAGAAGACAAAUGGAGGGAUCUCAAUGUCAUCAGUAGCUUACUCAAAUCCUUUUUCCGAAAACUGCCCGAGCCCCUGUUUACAAACGAAAACUACGCCGACUUUAUCGAAGCCAGCAGAACCGAGGACUCAGUUGAGAGACUUAAGGAGCUAAAGAAGCUGAUCCACAAACUGCCUGAGCACCACUAUGAAACCCUCAAAUAUCUUAGCGCUCACCUCAAGAGGGUUUCCGACAACUGUGAGAAGAACAAGAUGGAACCUCGCAACCUGGCUAUCGUGUUUGGCCCGACGCUGGUGCGGACCUCCGAGGACAACAUGACAAACAUGGUCAACCACAUGCCCGACCAGUGCAAGAUCAUCGAGAACCUCAUCCAGCAAUACGAGUGGUUCUUCGCCGAAGACUGCGAUGAAGAUCCCGUCACGGCAGCCGAGCAGGAGAGCACGGUGCAAUCUCAGCCCGUGCCCAACAUCGACCACCUGCUCUCCAACAUCGGCCGCACAACGGCGGCGGCGCCGGGCGAAGUCUCAGAUUCAGCAUGUAGUGACUCCUCCAAAUCAAAGAGCCUCUGGGGGUCAGGGAAGGAUCAGUGUAGCAAGGAGAUGCUGCGCUCUUCCUUCUUCGCCAGCCGCAAGCGCAAGAAGCCCAAAGACAAAGCGCAGCCCAGCAGCUCGGAUGACGACUUGGAUGCCGUGUUCCCCAGGAAGGAGAACCCGGGGAAGAGUCAGCAGCAGCAGCAGCCCCCCUGCUCUCCAGAGAGUCGCACUGAGGGGGGCAAAGAGGAGGGCGCUCGCCAAAAGGAGCAGCUGAAGAACAGCUCCGAGGAACAGCUUGACAAAUCCGAGGUGCCUCCCGAGCUCAAGCCCACCUCACGUGGCGCCGGCUCCCCGUACGCGUCGCCGUCUCACUCCCCGAGCCUGAACUGCCACGCGGUGCCGUCGGACCCGCCCUCCAACUACGACGACACGGUGUCUGACCUCGGAACAAUGAACAGCAGCAGCUCCCGGGCCUCGGUGCCGAGGGCCAGGCGCUGCAGGACGGCGGCACCGGGACAGGACGCGGGCGCCGGCGGGCCAGGAGCCGACGUGUGCUCCAUCACCUCAGACUACUCCACCACGUCGUCCAUGACCUUCACGACUGGCGGCGAGUUCAACACGCUGAGUUCGGAGGUGCGUUCGGUGGCGGAGAGCAGGGGCGGGGACGACGAUGCCGACGACGAGCGCAGCGAGCUCUUCAGCGAGGGCAGGCCGGCGGAGACAGACAGCGAGAGUGACAAUUCCGUUUUCGCCGUGGCAGCGGCCGAGCGUCUGGAGCGGCGGGAGGCCCCACGACCGCUGGCCUCCCACAGGCUCAUCGAGUGCGACACGCUAUCCAGGAAGAAAGCCGCUCGGCAGAAGACCGACAGCGAAUCGUCGCUGGACAAAGAUUCAAACAGACUGUCGCAGUUUUCAGCCAAAGGUCGCUCCACCGGCAGCCUCAGCUCGUCGUCCCGUGGCGAGCUGGACAAAGCGGAGCCCGCCUGGAAACUGAAGAUCACGGACCGGCUGAAAGUGCGUCUCCGCAUGUCGGUGGACGACAUGUUUGGCGUGGGCAGCCAGCGCAACGUCGAGGGCCGCAGUAAGAAGAAGAACAUCCGUCGCAGGCACACCAUGGGCGGCCAGCGGGACUUUGCCGAGCUGUCGGUUCUGGGCGACUGGCCCCAGUGCUCGGGCUCGCGCUCCGAACUGUCCGCCGUGGACCGCCUGAGACCCAAAUGCAGCUCCCAAGACUUCUCCAUCGGCGACUGGAUCGCGCGCGAACGCCACCGCACCAGCAAUCCCGAGGUCAGCCUGGAUCUGGCCGAGCAGCAGGCGGCGCCGUUCGGCGGCAGGCCCUGCGACGGCCUCGCGGCAUCCUCGGAACUGUCGCACGGGGCCGCCGAGGCUUUAAACGGCGACGUGCCGCAGGCUAAGAGCCUGAGUUUGUCGGCCACGGCGCAUCCACAUAAACUGGCCAGUUCCCAGGUGGUCCACUCGCGCUUCUAUCAGUACUUGUGAGUCUGUGGGCGUGACAGAGGACAUCUGUGGACCUUACUCACGUUGAAGGCAUGGAACAAAUACGGUUCCUACAUCUAUUUUUUUAAUUCGGGCUGAUGAGGGGACGGACGGAGCUGGCACAUAAAUGAACGCUGGAGUCGGAUGAAUUUAAGGAUUAGAUUUGAUGAAAGAAUAGAUUUGUAGUUUUUGCAGAUGAGCUAUUUUUUGUGCCAAGACAAGUGACAGAAUAUGUGAACCAGUAACCAAAUGAAGAAUGUCCAGAUGUGCUCGCCGUAACGCCGACUAAAAGCUUUAGCCGCUUGUGUUGAUGUUAAAAUGUACAGUACGUAUCUGCUCACCGUGUACUUGAAACGACUUGUGGGUACGACCCGCGCAACGACUGCCGACCGGGCUUUUCCAAAGGUACGCACGAGACUUGAAGUAUGCACAUGUGAAAUAAUACACUGAAGAGCAGUGAACAAACUAGUUGGGAGCAGUACAUGGAUAAUCAAGAAAAAAAAUGAAAUCACAAUAGGAAGUGCCUGACAAUGAAAUGUUUAGGGUGCCAUAUUGUCUUGUUUUACAGUACACAACUGUGACUAGUAUGACUUGUUUUUUUUUUUCCCCCUCUUUUCUUUCUUUUAAUUGUUGACUGUCUGUCUGUCGUUCUCCAGCUUUUCUUUCAGAACAAUGCCGAGCUUCCAUUCCUGAGGCGUUCCACUCUGGUCUUAACGCAUUUUCUACUUUUGUUUCCAACGGUUUGUUUUUAUAAUGUUCUUUUUAACAACUUGAAUUCUGAAAAUUGACUGUAAAAUAAGUCACUUAAAUGUACAUACAGAUGUCACGUUUUAGCUGCUUUACUUGACCUUUCCAUCGUGAGAUUAAGUACAGUCUUUGCGGGAUGAUUGGGUAACCGAUGUGCGGUGAGGAGCCAUUCAAAUUGGUCCCAUUGACAAAACUAUCAACCAAACAGUGAUGGAUCUGGAUUCAAAACCAAAACUGCUUCCACUUGAGCUUAUUCAUGUUUUGUUUAGACCUGUACCAAAAUGUCAUUCACACUCAAAACUUGAUUUAUUAUAGGGCUGGAUUAUUUUAAACGCACAACAGAAUAUUGAAGUUCAAACUCCUCCUUUGAAUUCACACUUGUUUUGGAGUGUGAUUUCAUUCGUGGCCAAAUUUGAAAUGUUUUGUCUUGCCCACUUUAAUGAUAAAAUCAAGAGUACCAUUCAAUUGGAAAACUCCACUUGUAGGCCCCUGACCGCACAUUCCUGACUUGUGCCCAUGCGUGUGGAUAGUCAAGGUACGGCGUGCGAGGGAGUGCAAAACCUGAUGCGGACCGCACAAACGCUGCCUUGCUCCUGACUUGGAGACAAGUGCACAGACUCCGGAAACACUGGAAAUAAAUUGUGUCAAUGGCAA